CUCCGCUAUAGGUCUAUAAAAACGCUGGAAAGCAAAAUACUACUGGACUUUCAACUUGUCUCGCAUUCUUCUUCCAUUAACAUUAUUCUCUACAUCAACUCUAACAAACAAGCUUGGCAAAAUGGACGGACGAAAGCUUGUGCUUGUGACAGGCGCCAACACCGGUCUCGGGUUCCAAAUUGUCAAGGCCAUUUGCAGCUCCGAUACAGAAUACGAGGUAUUGGUCGGAGGUAGAUCUAUCCAAAAGGCUGAGCAGGCCAUCACGAGCCUCAAGGAGCAGUUUCCCUCCAGCCAUCUUCAUGCUAUUCAAGCUGACAUUGAAGAUGAUGCAUCCAUUGUCUCUGCAUUUGAAUAUGUGAAGACCAAGUAUGGAAAACUCGAUGCUCUCAUAAAUAACGCAGGUGUCCAAUUAGACCAACAACUGGCCGCUGGCAAGAUGUCAGCAAGAGAGAUGUGGAACAAAACCUAUGAUAUCAACGUCACCGGGACCCAUCUCUUGACUUGGACUUUCGCCCCGUUGCUCCUCGAAUCCAGCGAUCCCCGCCUUAUGUUCAUCGCUAGCGGUACAUCUUCUCUUACCACGUCUGAAAAUCCAGACUUCCCUGUCAAUAGGCAGCCCAGCAAAGGGUGGCCCAAGACCCUAACUAACUUGGAUUUGCCCGCAUACCGAAGCAGUAAGACUGGAAUGAACAUGAUGAUGAGGUACCAUAUAGUCAGGCCAAUGCGAGAGAUUAAGCUAACCCCAAGUUAGGGAGUGGUUCAGGAUUCUUGGUCAGGACGGCGUUAAAGUAUGGGCUAUUAGUCCUGGAUACCUGGCAACCGGCCUUGGUCUUGGCCAAGAGACGAACAAAGCACAAGGCGCGAUUGAUCCUGCGAUUGGGGCUGCGAUUGUCAAGGAUGUUUUAAUUGGCGCGAGGGAUAAAGAUGUUGGCAAAGUCGUAUCAAAGCAAGGCAUUCAGCCUUGGUAGAGCUCAAUUCUCAUUCAUAGGUCCAGAGCCGGGGUUGCUAGAGACUCAGCUUGAAUCACAGACUGAGUCAAGGAUUCAAUAACAAGUUCAUUUCU